CGAACGUGAAAACACAAAACCAGCUACAGCAAGACGUACACCGUCAGUGACCAUGCGACUCGUCAUGCUGCGGCCAGCCUGCACAGUAUGCACCAGAUCCAACGCAUUGCAAAGUAUAUCCCGGAAAUGCUUCGCCAGAGGCCUCACAACAAACCUCCAGAACCGCUUUGACGCCGCUGUGAUUGGCGCAGGACCCGGUGGGUUGACUUGCGUGUCGAAUCUACUCGCUCAGGGACUCAAGCGGGUCGCUUUGAUUGAUCCUUCUUUUACGGGUGGUCGGAUUCAUGAAAAGUACCGCGAAGUACCAUCCAAUACAAAGACCAAGAUGUUUGAUGCCUGGGCAGCUGGCACUGAAGUCUCUCGAAGGAUAUUGGCUGAGCGGACGAAACGAGGCGAAGAUGCUUAUAAGCAUCUGCAGAGCUUGGACCCAGAGCAAGGAUGUUCGCUGGGCGAGGCGGUCGAUGUUGCGCAGAUGCUGUCUCGUGGGUUUUGUGAAGAUGCACGAGUCAAGCCCAUCAAGGCAUCAGUCACUCAGCUGCAAAGGAAUGGAGAUGGCUAUGUCCUGCCGGAACUUGGUGUCUCUGCAGAGCGCGUCGUGUUGGCCACAGGCAGCCAUCCACGUUCAACAGACAAGGCGCUGCUUGAACGGCAUCCGCACUUGAUUGAGUUGCCACUUGAUUUGGCGCUCAAACCUUCUUUGCUCAAGACGUCUCUAUCGACUCCCUCUACAGUUGCCUUGAUUGGAUCAUCGCACAGUGGUAUCUUGGCGCUCAAGAAUCUGUAUGAGCAGGGACACCGUGUCUACAAUUUCUACAGAUCACCACUGUUGCAUGCUGAAUACAAGGAAGGUUGGAUCCUAUGGGAUAAUACAGGCCUCAAGGGUGUUGCAUCAGAUUGGGCGAAAGCGACACUCGAAGAUGAAUCACGGCUGCCGAGCAACAUCAAGCGAAUCCCACUCAAGACGCUCGACGAUAAGGGCAAAACGCACAAUGAGGCGGAUAUAUACGAUAGAUGGCUGAAGGAUUGCACACACAUCGUGAGUGCAACUGGCUAUGUCGGCAAUCCAAUUCCAAGCAUCACUGUGGAUGGCGAACAAGUCAAGCCAUCCUUUGACCCACUCUCAGGCAGGUUCCUCAACGAGCACAAGCAAGCGUUGCCAGGACUUUUUGGUUCUGGUAUCGCGUACCCUGAACGUGUGACGGACCCUGAGGGACACAGUUCCUCCAAUGUCGGUUGGUUCAAGUUUCAAAAGUUUGUCGGCCGCGUUGCCCCAGAAUGGGUGGCUCGGCCUUGAGAAUGGGCAUAGCAUGUCUUCCUAUAUUUUCUCUAUCAUCAUGAUGCAUCUAAGGCGCUGCAGCAGGCACGACAUUGCGCAUUGCAACAACCACGAGCUGUGCAACCAUUUGUAGGGACCAAAAGCCAACUGCUUGAAUGCGUCGCUUUUGUCGUUUCCGCUCAUACAAGCUUUCCACAAAUCCAUCAUAUAAUGCUUGUGACACGCCAGAUUGUAGGCCACAAUCCCACCAUGUCCAUGAUCCCUCGAAAUUAUUGCACGGUAGUGAAAUAUGUGCAUGGACGGGAAUAAAUGUCUUGCGUGAAUUGAUGUAUGCCACAAUCGGUCGAACAAGCGCCGCAUUCACACUCGACAAGUCAUGCUGAAACAGAGGUACUUGUGCCUUAGCAUCAUUGAGUCUAAAGUGGACAUCAAUCUCGAUAUUUUGUUGUAGCCAAUUCUCCCCGGAUGCUGAGAG